AUCCUUUCUUCCGUUCUCAGGUGCUGUAGAUGAAUGAGUAAAUUAUGAGAAGUUUCCUUACUUCUGUGUGCCUGCAUCAAAGUCAAAUUUAAUUGACAUUUGUGACAAUAGUCAACUUUUGAGUGCGUUUCGCUAUCGAAAAACAUUUCUUCUUAAGAAUAAUUCACUAGAUAUGUCUAGAGAAAUCCCUUCAUUCCUUCAGCUUGAGCAUGAAGGUGAGAACAUUUUCAUCGAAAUAAUGAAUGAUUCCAAGGUAGAUAAGCUGGCUGCACAAAUUUUCCCAACGGAGGAGAGACCAUCCUACAUUGAGAUUAUUAACGAUUCCGAAGACAACGAUUCUCAAACGGACUCCGCGCCAGUGAGACGAAAGUGCAACGUUUGCAAUAUUUCCUUCAAAUUCCUUGGCAGACACUUGGAAACUCACGGCCCUUACAAUUGCACCGAUUGUCUCAUCAACUUUCCCACUCAAGAAAUGUACGACGAUCACCUUGGAGAUGUACACACUACCAAUAAUGAAUCUGUUACAUGUGGGGAUUGUGGAUUGAAUUGUUCAUCUUUGAUAAAACUGGCAAUUCACCAUUAUAAGCACACUGAAAAGUAUACUUGUCCGAUCUGCAAUUUUACGGUUAAGGGCAAGCAUAAGCAUACCUUAGUGAACCAUAUCAAAAGACACCAAGGACAUUAUGCGUUCUCUUGUGAGAUUUGCGGACAUGGACUCAUAUCUAAAACUGCUCUGAUAUCGCAUAUGGAGAUCCAUGCGGGCAUCCCUAAGUACGAGUGCGAGUUUUGUCACAAGAAGUUUACUGUAAAGCGAUAUCUGGACGUCCAUAGGUCGCUAAACCACAAAAAGGAACUGUUUGGAAUAGAGCAGAGUUUCCAAUGCGAAAUUUGCGGGCGCAAUUUCAGUUUUCAAAAAAGCUUGGUCAGGCAUUUAAGUUCCAUCCAUGAUAUUGGGAAAGAUCGAACUGUUGAUUGUCCGGUGUGUAACAAGAAGAUCGUUAACAACCACAAUCUGAAAAAGCAUAUGCGAGUUCACACUGGUGAAAAGCUCUUUUGCUGCGACGUCUGUGGAAAAGCGUUUGCUGAACGUAAAUAUCUUCAAAAGCAUCAGGGCGGGCAUGAGCGAGCAAACGAAAAAGCUAAAAAAAAUCAGGAAACGUUAGCGAAGAAAAUCAAGCUUGAGAAUUCAACCAGCUUUGAAGAUGCCGAACAGAGUUAUUUGGUUUGCCAAAUUAGCGGCAAAGAGGAGUGUGAAAUGAAGGUGGAGGAUGAUGACAAUGCAUCAUAUUUUCCGUAUUAAAUGGUUCUUAUUUGGGCUUGUUUAUAAAGAUCAUAUGGUAUAGAAGAAGAGAGGUUUUUAUUAUAGCAUCUGCGGUUCUGAUAUUUUGACUUGGGAAAAUUCAAAUCAAGUGUGUCAAUAUUAUGAAAAAGAUUCGGUUAUUGGGUGUGAUCCCACGUUGAUCAAUAUUAUUUCAACAAAAGAUGUUCUAUGAAAAGUGGUUUGCUACAUUAAUAUAUGAAAUAGUUUCUAAUGUGUUCACAAAUAUUUUCAUUGAGACUCAAGUAAACUUGUUCGACGAAGAAA